AAGCCACUUCAGGCUCAGGGUGGUUCCGCAGGGUCGCAGGGUCUAGUUUUGCUGCUCUGACACUCUCUGAGAGGCUGUGCCAUGGGACGUAAGAAUCGCGACUCUUCGGACAGCGAAUCGGAAAGCGAUCGACGUGCCAAGGAGAAGAAGACACGAAAAGACGACAACAAGCGAAAGGAGCGUGGCCGCAGCCGUGGCCGCAGCAAGGAACGCCGCAAGGAGAAGAGCGCCGAGCGAAAGCCGGCGCCGAAGCGCGGACGUUCUGAAUCUGAAGACUCUGAGUCCAAGUCGUCUGAUGAUGAGGAGGAGAUGAAGGAAUUCCUGCUUAGCACCGACAUGCCCGAGGAUCAGAUGCUCUCGAAGAUGAUGGGCUUUAGCGCCUUCGAUAGCUCCAAAGGAAGGGACCACAGCACCAGCGAUCUCAGUGAUGUGAAGCGUGCUACCAAGCGUCAAUACCGUCAGUACAUGAACCGGCGCGGAGGUUUCAACCGACCCUUGGACGCUGCGUUCUAGUCGCGGCGCGGCGGUUGUUACCUACAACGGGCAAGAUGCAGGGGACCUCCACUCGCCAGUGCGGCAUUUUGUGGCAC